UCCGUUCACAAUGGCGGGUUCCGUUUCACCACCCUCCUUCCUCUUUCUCUUUCUCUUUCUCAAUCCAACAACAAACAAUUUCUCUGUCACAAAUCAACAGAUCCCUAACUUCACCAAUCUCUAUGCUCAUUUCCCCCAUUUUUUUAUUACUCCACACCCUCUCCACUUUCUUUCUUUACCCUUUUUUCUCUCUCUCUUUCAGAUUCACGGUUCUGAAAUCUGAUAAGUUCUGAGUGAGUUCUGUUCUGCUCUCAUGAUCGAACUAUCGCCUUCAACGGUCUGAUUCUGAUUCCUCUCUCGUGUUUUCACUCAUUUUCAUGCUUCUCUGUAAUUAAACAAACACAAACACAUGAGAAAAAUGCAGACAGAGAGACCAGAGUGAAUAGUACAAUACAAUACAAUACAAUACAAUACAAUACAAUAGAUCAUUAAUUAACUAUUAUUAAAAAAGCAAAACACCUUUCCUUCUUGUUCUCUGUUUUUCUUUUUCCACCACCAUGCUUCUUCUGCAUUUUCACGGUCAAACACCAUGACCCACUGCGACCCGACAACGACACGGUGCUUGUGGUUUCUCAUUUGACAUGGGCUGCGGGGGCUCCAAGGUCGACGAUUUCCCGGUGGUGGCACUCUGUCGGGAGCGGAAGAACUUCCUCAGAGCCGCGGCGGAGGAGAGAUACGCCCUCGCCGCAGCCCACGUCGCGUACUUCCAGUCUCUGCGAGACAUCGGCGACGCGCUUCGGAGAUUCGCCGACCAGGACGUUUUCGUCAUACCUUCCUCCCCUGUUCUCACAUUGCCGUCCGAUCAGGGAAAACCCAAGAACCGCCAUAGCCUCUCUUCUUCUUCGCCGUCUUUCUCUCACCACGGCGAUUCGCCGCCGUCGAAUCACGGCUCUCACCUGCAGUUAUCCUCUGGAUCCGAGCUCAGUUCUCCUUCUUCUGGUCACAUUCACAUUCACGACACCCCAGAAGCAGAAUCAGAGCCAGAACCAGAGGAACAACAACACCCUUCUUCUUCUUCACCGUAUCCUCCUCCUUACGGUGGUUACCAAUAUCACUAUCAACAUCCAUAUCCAAAUCAACAACCCCAAGAUUGGAACCAGCCAGGGGUGAACACUUUCGCCUACUACAUGAAGAAAUCUGCACCUCGAGGAAAAUCCAUGGUGUACGAAGAACCAGAGAGGCAGUUUGUUGCAGCAAAUGGGCAAUGGCCGGAUCCUUCAUACGGGUACCCGGGUGCGAAUGUUAACGGUGCUUUCUUUGGGUUUCCGCCGGGACCGUCGUAUUCGGCGCCGUCGGCGCCUACGCCGCCUCCAGCACCACCGUCGCCGCCGAGGGUUUCGACUUGGGAUUUUCUGAACUUCUUCGACAGCACCACCGAUAAUGGGUAUCAGGGUUAUGGGUAUAGCGGGUUGGGGUCGAGAGCGAGUAGUCCUGAUUCGAAGGAGGUGAGGGAGAGGGAGGGGAUUCCUGAGUUGGAAGACGAGACGGAGCAGGAAGCGGUGAAAGUGGUUCGUCAUGAGAAUGAGAUGAAGAAGAAGAAGAAGAAGGUGGCGGAAGAGGAAGAGUUGAAACAGAAGGAACAUGUUGCUGUUGCUGCUGGUGGAAGAGAUUUUGGGGAGGGGACUUCGAAUUCAAAGGAUGUGCCUCUGCAACAGGUGAGCAGCAGUGAGGGAAGUUCCAAAACGGUGCGGUUUCAUCAUAGCAGCGAUGGCGGUGGCUCGAUUUCUGCUCCGGAAAAGGAGAGUCCUGACACUGUUGCUUCUAAAAGUUCUCCAGAAGAACAGGUUAGGAAGAAAGGGGUGAGUUUUGAGAUUGAAAAUGAUGAAGCAGCGACUGUUACCCCAGUGGAUGGUGAGUCUUCCAUAUUGAGUAGCUUAACAACUCUGUCUCCCCAUGGAACCAGGGAUCUCAGGGAGGUUGUUCAGGAAAUAAGAGAUGAGUUUGAGACAGCUUCUAGUUAUGGAAAAGAGGUUGCUCUGCUGCUUGAGGUUUGCAAACCACCUUAUCAGUCCAGGGUUGCGGCAUUGAGAGUUAUCUUAUCGAGAAUCUUGCAGAUAGUAGCACCGUCUAAGUUACCUUCACAUCCUCCGUCUAGACCGCCAGUACAAUUAUCUUCUAGGGCAAUGAAAUUGGCAAAAGCAUACUAUGAGGAACCUGGGAAAGACAUGAAGACAGACCCAGAAAACCUUUCAUCUACGUUGGAAAGACUUUAUGCGUGGGAAAAGAAACUGUACAAGGAAGUCAAGGAUGAAGAGAGGUUACGGGCUAUUUAUGAGAAACAAUGCAAGAGACUGAAAACAUUGGAUAGUCGAGGAGCUGAAUCUAGUAAAAUUGAGGGUACAGAGACAUCUAUUAGAAAGUUGCAAACAAAAAUCAAUAUUUGCAUCAGAAGUAUUGAAUCUAUAUCGGGCAGGAUACACAAAUUGAGGGAUGAUGAAUUGCAGCCUAAGCUUGCAGCAUUGAUUGAUGGAUUGAUAAGAAUGUGGAAAUUCAUGCUCAAAUGCCACCAGAAACAGUUCCAAGCUAUCAUGGAGAGUAAAACUCAAUCUCUUAAGUUUAACACAGGUUUGGAAAGAGAUGAAGGUUUGAAGGCCAUCUUAGAACUUGAGAAGGAGCUUCUGAAUUGGUGCAGUCAGUUCAACAAUUGGGUCAAGACUCAAAAGUCUUAUGUCGAAAAUUUGAACGGGUGGCUCAUAAGGUGCCUUCUUAAUGAACCUGAAGAAACAGAUGAUGGUGUUGUCCCUUUCUCUCCAAGUCGGAUGGGAGCUCCACCAGUCUUCAUAAUUUGCAAUGACUGGCAUCAAGCAAUGACUAGAAUUUCAGAAAAAGGGGUAGCAGAUUCAAUGCAAGGAUUUGCUCAACAAUUGCAUGAGUUGUGGGAGAGGCAAGACGAGGAGCAACGGCAGAGAAUCAGAACAGAAUAUCUCAAAAAGGACUUUGAGAAACAGCUUAGAACUUUGCGCACAGAGAUGGGAGGCUCAGAACACCACGGGCAUGAUAAAGUUUCCACAAAGGCUGCAUUGUCAAAGCUUUCUUCUGACAGUGGGGUUUCACCACUAGAUGAUCUGAAGGUGGAUCUAGAUUCUAUGAAGAAGAGGUUGCAUGAAGAAAGGGCCAGGCAUAAAGAAGCCAUGAAACUUGUUCAUGAUGCAGCUUCUAAUAGUUUACAAGCUGGUUUGGUUCCCAUUUUUAAGACAUUAGAAAGUUUCACUUCAGAGGUGGUGAAAGCUCAUGAGCAGGUCAGGCUUCAAAAUGCUGAGGACUCUUAGAGAUUCAGACUAUUUGGCAUCUUUGAGCAUUUAUUUAGUAAUGUGGAUUGAUUGCGGGAGUUUAGACUAGGAUGAAGAUUCACAACUAACCACCAGUUUUGCAGCUAGAGUUAAUCUUUUACUAUGUAGGAAAGCACCUUUUGAUAACCCUAGAGAGGUUUGCUUAGACCAAGUUUCAGCAACAAAGUGCGUGAUUGGAUUUCUAUUGAACUCAAGCUGAUCCACGAUGAGUUUAUUGCCACAGCUGGUGAAAUCAUCUUUGUGUUGAUGCAAAUGGAAAAACAAACACACACGGAAAAUUUGGGUGCCUAAAUGUCAGGAAGUGGUCAUCUUGAAUUCAGUUCCUGGAACACCCAAUCUACAGUUAGGUAAAAUUUUGUACAGAAUAAUUCAUUUAUUGGUUGAUUGGUUGUAGGUUGUAUUGUAUAUGUGGGUUGGAUAUGCCUGGGAGUAGGAUGUUAUGGGGAAGUAGCAAUCGAUGUUUCAAGUAUGAUCUAGUGAAUUACAACUUAAAAUAUGCUUAAAUUUCCUGUUUUUUCCAUCCUGUACUGUUCUCUA